AUGGAAACAUUAGAAAAAGAAGACAUAACAAACUACGCCUCACAAGGAAAUCGAGCCAAAAUCAUUGGCUGCUCCUCAUCAAGAAGCUCAUGCAAUGUCUCAAAUAUUUUGACAAAUAAGCCUCGUAGAUUAUGAGUUUCAGCUGAAGGCCUUCCCCAAGAAUUUACACUUGAUCUUUCACAGCUUGAUUCAUACCCCAGUCAAUACACUUGUUUUGGCUGAUAUUGCUGGCAUUCUUAUACCUCCAACCCAUCUGUGGUUGACUUAUAUGUAUCAAAAGACAAUCAAACUUUUAAAAAAUGAACAACGCUCUCUGCGAAGUUAUCUUCAUCCCCGCAGUAUUUCAGUAUCGACCCAAUACAGCCUUCUUACAAAUAUAUAAAAGUUGUAGUCAAAGAGACAUUUGGGGCUUCAAAUACUUAUAUAAACCAAGUAUUUCUGUUUGAUAGAAUCCCACAUGUGCAGCAGGAGGUUUCAAUGAGCUAUAACUUUAAUAUUUCUGAUCCUUAUGAUUCGUCGUAUUUUGAAGAAAUUCAGCCGCAGGAGCCUGAUUAUAAAAUAAAAUUGAAGGUGCAGCUGACUGAGCUGGACAGUCAUAUAAAGUCAAUGAAGUCUUAUCAAGAGUUUGAAGAAAGUAUGGCUAAGCGGGCUCAAAAUUUGAAUCAGCCUGCUUUGAAACCGGAAGGUCAUGCAUAUAAAAAGUCGCUAGAAGAUUUAAAGUUUACAUUGGCAGGGAUUAUAAAUAAAGUCGAACAGGUAGAAGAUAAAGUGCAGCAAGAUAACAGAAGCCAACUGCUUUCAACAUACAGGAGCCAUGCAAUAAAUGAUUUUAGAAGCCCUAAAAGCGUUAAGUCAGUAAAAAAGCCAAAUCUUUGUAUAAAUUCCCCACUUAGCUGUGCUGAUUUAACUACUGUUCCUUCUACAGAGAGAAAGCCAAAGCUGCAAGAUCAGCAAUCAGAAGAUAGAACAACUGAGCUUUUAUCAUUAAUUCAAGAGAAAACAGAACUCAAAAUAAGAAAAAUACGAGAACUGCAAGCACAAAGGCUUAAAGUCGGACAAACAACCCCCCGCUAUCAUAAUUAUUAA